AUGGCGAAUACCCUGGAGCUGCUUUUCUGCCCGGACCCCCAGCUGACCGAGGUGAUGCGCCUGCGUGUGCAGUCCCUGCAGCAGCGCGGCCAGAAACGUCAGGACGGGGAGCGCCUUCUACAGCCCAACGAGGCCGUGUACCGCCUGGACUUCACCAAGCAGUCGCUGGGCUUCUCCCAUUGGACGGUGCGUCUGGCCCAGUCGGGCUGCCUCACCAUCAUAGCUACGUCGCAGCUGUGGACGCCCGACCUCACCCACCUGAUGGCCCGCCAGCUCCUGGAGCCCCCGGGGGUCUUCUGGAGAGCGGCGGACGACGCCCACGAGGGGGGGACCAAGUGCUACGAGGCUGACGCGCACGAGUUUGGCGAGCGCAUUGCGGAGCUGGCCAAGGUGAGGAAGGUCAUGUACUUCCUGUUUGCCUUCGGGGAGGGAUGCAGCCCGGAGACGGUGGACUGCUCCAUCACCUUCACGGUGGACAGUUAA